UCCUUGCAGAACCUCACCCAGAAGCUGGUGGAGGCGAAGGCGGCAAGGAACUCCCUUUUCCGGUUUCAUUUAAUGGAUAGGUACCUAAGAGAGCAGGCUAUGUUCUGAUUUCAAGGAUGAUGAAGUCUGCUGGAUAUACUUUGACUGCUUCCUUUAAUCCUAUUCAUUCUAUUAUCCUAAAAAACCAUCGCAGAUUGUCAUUAAAUAUAUUAUACGGGAAUUCAGCUAAAUCAAAGAACUCAACUGCCUAUAUUCGGAAGCAUCAACUACAUACAAAAGUUGUGAUGGUUGCCGGGCAGUAUCUUCCUCCUUGGUUCAGUGUUGCUCCAAUGAUGGAUUGGACAAAUAAUCAUUAUAGGACUCUUGCCCGGCUGAUAUCUAAACAUGCAUGGCUCUACACAGAGAUGAUUGCUGCAGAAACAAUUGUUUAUCAGGAAAAGAAUUUGGACAGAUUCUUGGAAUUUUCUCCAGACCAACAUCCUAUUGUCCUUCAAAUUGGUGGGAACAAUUUGGAUAACAUAGCCAAAGCCACUGAACUUGCUAAUUCUUAUUGCUACGAUGAGAUAAAUCUUAAUUGUGGAUGCCCUAGUCCAAAGGUAGCUGGACAUGGGUGCUUCGGUGUGCGUCUUAUGCUUGAUCCAAAGUUUGUUGCCGAGGCCAUGUCAGUAAUUGCUGCCAACUCAGAUGUUCCUGUCAGUGUUAAAUGCCGAAUUGGUGUUGAUGAUCAUGAUUCUUAUAAUGAGCUCUGUGAUUUUAUUUAUAAGGUUUCCUCACAAUCACCAACGAGACAUUUCAUCAUUCAUUCACGUAAGGCACUGCUCAAUGGCAUCAGCCCAGCUGACAACCGAAAAAUCCCACCCCUAAAAUAUGAGUAUUAUUUUGGUCUCUUGCGUGACUUUCCAGACUUAAGAUUUACAAUAAAUGGAGGCAUAAAUUGCGUUGAUGAGGUCAAUGCAGCACUAAGGCAAGGAGCUCAUGGGGUAAUGGUUGGACGUGCUGCCUACCAUAACCCUUGGUAUACUCUGGGCCAUGUUGAUUCUGCAGUUUAUGGUGCACCAGUCAGUGACCUCUCACGCCGUCAGGUCCUUGAACAGUAUCAGGUAUAUGGGGAUUCUGUUUUGGAAAAAUAUGGACCUCAUAGACCAAGUAUUCGGGAAGUGGUUAAGCCUUUACUUCAUUUUUUCUAUUCAGAGCCUGGAAAUGGUCUAUGGAAGCGCAAAGCUGAUGCUGCUUUCUUCCAUUGUAAGACAAUCAAGUCCUUUCUUGAGGAGACUCUUGUAGCAAUACCUGACUCUGUCUUGGAUGCACCUGUUGCUAAGGCGCCAUCUGGUCGUGAAGAUCUUUUUGCUAAUUUGAGCGAUUUGCUGCCUCUUCCAUAUGAAACAAGUGAACAAGAACAAGAGGUACUAUAUGCUUAAUUUGAAGAUAUAUUUUAAAUUGGUCGCUAACAAGCAUCUCUCAUUUUAUCUCAAGUUAAUGAACAAUUUCUCCUAUUUCUUGGUAUAUGGCCACAUUGGUCUCUGUAUAACAAUGUAUUCAAAUACUCAAGUGGAUGUUCUAAUUUAUUUCUUUGGUGCCCUCACUCUAUGCAAAUAUUGGAUGGGUGAGUACACUAACAAUCGGAACUGCCAGGCCCUUGUGCUUGGGUUUGAAAGCAUCGUAUAGACCUCCUUUCAUGCCAGGAAAUAUUACUGGCACAUUCCA